CGCUCAGUCCGCCCGCGGCGGCCGUGAGCGCACUGACGUGCCGAGCGCCGCACCGCCCGCACCGAGCAGCGCCGCCACCGGGCCGCGCCGCCGCCCGCCAUGGUGUCAUGGAUCAUCUCCAGGCUGGUGGUGCUCAUAUUUGGCACCCUCUACCCUGCAUACUACUCCUACAAGGCUGUGAAGUCCAAGGACAUUAAGGAGUAUGUCAAGUGGAUGAUGUACUGGAUCAUAUUCGCACUUUUCACCACGGCUGAGACAUUCACAGAUAUCUUCCUGUGCUGGUUCCCAUUCUACUAUGAACUGAAAAUCGCGUUUGUGGCCUGGCUGCUGUCCCCCUACACAAAAGGCUCCAGCCUCCUGUACAGGAAGUUCGUGCACCCCACGCUGUCCUCGAAAGAGAAGGAAAUUGAUGACUGCCUGGUCCAGGCGAAAGACAAGAGCUACGAUGCCCUCGUGCACUUCGGGAAGCGCGGCUUGAACGUGGCAGCCACAGCCGCUGUCAUGGCUGCUUCCAAGGGCCAGGGUGCCUUGUCAGAGAGACUCCGGAGCUUCAGCAUGCAGGACCUCAGCACCAUCAGGGGAGAUGGCGCCCCUGCUCCCUCCGGCCCCCCUCCACCUGGGCCCGGGCGGGCCAGCGGCAAACACGGCCAGCCCAAGAUGUCACGGAGCGCUUCUGAGAGCGCCAGCAGCUCAGUGUGCACCUGCUGCGCCACCUGCAGGACCCAGAAAGUGGUUGAGGGAGAUGUGGACGAGGGUGGUGUGAAGGCCUGGGAGCCCCUCCAGGCCCACAACCCACUGGCGUUCUCUGACGAGGAGGAGGAGGACCUGCUGGAUUUCAUGUACAAGUAUAAAGCACCAAAGAGGAUGGAUCCGCCCCUGGAGGCACCGCCUAGACUCCUGCGAUCCCGCUUCAGGAAGAAGAGUACCUCGUCCUCAGCCACCGAAACCACGUGAGUGAGAUGAGCCAUCGGCACCGGAUCCACAGAGCGUCUCUCCUCUGCCUUAAAGAGCUGGUCACCAUCCAGAUCCACGCGCGGACUCUGCCUUGCCUCACGCCCUUUGCCUCUCGGGAUUUCUCUUUCUUCCCUCCCCUUUUCUUCUCUUCUUCCUUUGUUUUGCUGGGGAGAGGCUAAGGGAAAGGUGAUAGUGGGGUGACUGUCAUGCCUUCUGAGGUCGGUAUGUCCCCUCCACUGGAUGGUCACUACAGAGAGCAGUGUGCUUUCAGAACGUCAGAGAUCUCCCCUGUGCUGCUGAGUUGUACACUUGUAAUUUAUCUGUUGCAGACUUAGUUUUUAGUCCUGUAAAUGCAAACAAAGCAAUUUUUUUAAAAACUUUUUUUUUUCUUGGUACUACUCCUUUGGACUCUGAUGAACAUAUUUAUGGCUUUGGCUUAACAUAAUGAGCUUGCAAGGGCUGCCAGAGGUUCCAAUAAGUGAGAAAACUGUAAAAACAGAAUUGUUAAAAAAAAAAAAAUCAAUUCUAGAUCAUGUCUUUUAUGUGCUUUUAAAGCUUUCAAAUCCAGCUACCCUGAAGGAAGAUGGUUCCUUCUUGCCACAGUUGUGAGGCGGCAGCUCGGAGGGCAGGGGCUGGAGAGCCCAGCAAAGCCCCAGGGCGGGGGGAGGGCACAGGAAGCUCCACUCCUGCCUGGGUCUGGGGGGCCUGCAGAACCCCUGUAGGGCUCACUUGGCAGUCUUCCUGGGCAUGGGCACUUUGCAGAGCUGCUUGAAGAAUGUCGAGGGUCUCGAAAGUGCUUGGCAAAGUACUGUUUCUCCCUCGUAGUGAUCAGUGCUGAUCUCCCCAGGCAGAGGAGCCUCCACUGAGCACCUUGCAGAGAACAGGCAGAAACAAGUGCUGUUUCAGAUACGCCCCAGCAGGCGGACACACCUCACCAAGGGGGCUGGAAACCCUGGGCAGCUGUGGCUCCACCUUCUGCUCCCUUCCUGACCUGUGGGAUGUGAGCGGAGCCAACCUUGGAGGUUCCACACAAGCCAGGACUCCUCCCAGGGCAGUCCAGCUCUGAGGGAACUCCCUGCUUAGACUGGAAUUUUGAGCAGCACCUGGAUGAAGUGACAGUGGGUCUGAGGUAGCUGCCACCCCAGAGCUGAGCCAAAACGUAGGACUAGUGUAUUUGUGCUUAGAGUUGGUGUCCCUGUGUCUUGCAUGCCUUGGCCACUGUGCAGGUCUCAUACAGUUGGAUUGUGUUUGUUCUUAGACUCACCCUCAAGGCUAGAGAAGUAGUGUCUCAAGUCACUCAGAGCUGUCAACCCGGCUGCAAGCAGGCCCAGUUACCGAGACCCACCCAAGGCCUGCACACGGGCUGCCGAGGGUGCUGUCGUGCAAAGGGGUCUAGUCCAAGUUGACUGUGGCCAGACAUACACACUGGAAUCCCUCCUUCCCACAGGGCCUCUGAUGGUGAUUCUGAAGUUUAUAAGGAUUUACGAAAAUCCACCUAAAAGUAGUUUCAUGGCUGAGAGGUCAGAGGCCUCUGCUCUCGGUCUCUGGCCCACACCCCCCAAUUCCUGAACCUGCUAGGGAAGAGAAUCCCUGCGUGGUCCCAGACGAGGAAUGGUGUACCCUUUACAGUGUGUUUACUUAGUUGGGCAUACUCAGUGUGACCAGAAACAAGUGCAAAAAGCUCAAGUGAGGCAGCUUUCUACCAAUUUUUUUUAUUAUUUUGCCAAAAUAACAAUAGCUUUAACAAUGGGUCAUGCUGUAUUUUUUGAUUCUACAAUGGAAAGGUGGACAGGUCCAGACUAUCAAGUGUGCCAGAACCAGCAGGGUGCACCCCACCUUGUAGAAGGCUGUGCAGUCAGUCCACGGUCAGAGACAGAUGGGAGGCACCUGCUGCCGAGUGCCCUGUGCUUUCCCGGUGCCAACUAGGGAGUCGCCUCUUGGGGACACACACGCACACCUGGGAGCAGCCAUCAUGCUUUUGGCAAACGUGUUUCCUCACCCACCACGCUGUGUUAUCUGUGUGAAUGCGAAUGCCUAUCAGUGUGCAAGCAGCGGUGCGUUCUGUUUAGAAGAUGCCACCGGAUGAUUUCAGUGUGUGACUUACGGACACACUAGCUCGGAAGUCUGACUUCCCCUUCAUGACGGUUAGCUGCUGGCCUCCAGCACCUGUUGCUUCUGAGGUGAGCGGGAUCUCCUGCUCUCCAUCCUCAGCAGAGCCUCGCCACCACCCCCCUCCCCAGCCCUGCUGGCCUUUACAUGGGUCCUCUGUGAUACUGUCCGUGUGUCUGUGCAGUGCGUGUACACCACCGCCAUAAGCCCUCCCCUGGCCCCACACAGCACUCGAGUGGCAGAGGACGCGCUUCACCCUGUGGCAGGACACGCAAGGAACAGGCGCUGUGGACAGCGACUGUGCUCCCUGCCGUCUCCAUAGGACCAUCGGAGAUUGGACCGUGCAUCGAAGGGAUGUGAAUGACAGUAUUCCAAAAGCUGACGUUUGCUGUUUUGUUAUAAUGCUUGAAUAAAGUCUUAACAUCUUUCUUUUAAGAAA